GUUUACCUUCGCUUCUGGCGUCUUUUGCUAAUUUCUAAAAUUUGCGACAAAUUAAGAAAUAUAUUAGAAGAAUACUAUUGAAAUUUCGCAAAACGAAGUGCAGUUUGUAUACAAUACGUGUUUUUGAGCGGGUAUAACAAUAUAUAUAUCUGUUGAGCGUCACUACAAAGGAUAGCAACAGCCGCGUGUACCGGUACUUAAAGCAAUAAUCAUGUCUGUACGGGAGCAAAUUAAGAUUGAUAUAGAAUGGGGCCACGAACGUUUGGUGCGGUCUCAACAGGUGGUGGAGAUGCGUCCCUAUGACAUCGAAUCGUGGUCUGUGUUGUUGCGUGAGGCACAAACUCGGCCGGUAAACGAUGUACGCAGCUUGUAUGAAUCACUGGUGAAUGUAUUCCCGACUACAGCGCGUUAUUGGAAAAUCUACAUCGAGCAGGAGAUGAAGGGUAGAAAUUUUGAACGUGUUGAAAAGUUGUUUCAGCGUUCUUUGGUAAAAAUUUUAAAUAUCGACUUGUGGAAGUUAUAUCUGACUUAUGUAAAGGAGACAAAAGCUGGGUUGAGCACGCACAAAGAAAAGCUUGCGCAGGCUUACGACUUUGCUCUAGAGAAAAUUGGCAUGGACUUGCAUUCGUUUUCCAUUUGGCAGGAUUAUAUAAAUUUUCUGCGCAGUGUUGAAGCAGUGGGUAGUUACGCGGAAAAUCAAAAAAUAACAGCUGUACGACGAGUUUAUCAGAAAGCGGUGGUUACGCCCAUAGUCGGCAUCGAACAAUUAUGGAAAGACUAUAUUGCGUUCGAGCAUAACAUUAAUCCAAUAAUAUCGGAGAAGAUGACUUUAGAGCGUUCUAAGGACUAUAUGAACGCACGCCGAGUUGCCAAGGAGCUUGAAAUACUCACCAAAGGACUGAAUCGCAAUUUACCUGCUGUACCACCAAUGCUAUCCAAAGAGGAAAUGAAGCAGGUUGAACUGUGGAAAAAAUUUAUUGCUUUUGAGAAAUCAAAUCCACUACGAACUGAGGAUACAGCACUAAUAACGCGUCGUGUCAUGUUUGCAACGGAACAGUGCUUGUUGGUGCUCACUCAUCAUCCGGCGGUGUGGCAUCAAGCCGCACAGUAUCUCGAUCAAAGCGCUCAAGCGUUAGCAGAAAAAGGCGAUACGCAAGCUGCUAAAAUUUUCGGCGAUGAAUGCGCUAACAUAUUAGAGCGUUCGAUCAACGGCGUUUUAAACAAAAAUGCUUUGCUCUACUUUGCUUAUGCCGACUUCGAGGAGGGACGCAUGAAGUACGAUAAAGUGCAUGCUAUGUACAAUAAAUUGCUGUCCAUACCGGAUAUUGAUCCGACACUGGCUUAUGUGCAAUAUAUGAAAUUUGCGCGUCGCGCGGAGGGAAUCAAAUCGGCGCGCGCUGUCUUCAAGAAAGCGCGUGAAGAUGUGCGCUCACGCUAUCACGUUUUCGUUGCCGCUGCUCUGAUGGAAUACUACUGUUCGAAGGAUAAGGAUAUUGCUUUUCGUAUUUUCGAACUUGGUUUGAAACGCUUUGGCGGUAGUCCAGAGUACGUCAUGUGCUACAUUGAUUACUUGUCACAUUUGAAUGAGGAUAAUAACACGCGCGUGCUGUUUGAGCGCGUACUAUCGUCAGGUGGCCUCACACCAACACUCAGUGUGGAUGUGUGGAAUCGCUUUCUGGAAUUCGAGUCCAACAUUGGCGAUCUCUCGAGUAUUGUAAAAGUGGAGCGACGGCGGAGCGCUGUGCUGGAAAAUCUGAAGGAGUAUGAAGGUAAGGAGACUGCACAGUUGGUGGAUCGCUACAAAUUUUUGGAUCUUUAUCCCUGCACAAGCGUUGAGCUGCGCUCUAUCGGUUACACAGAGAAUGUUGGUAUCAUGACGAAUAAAUCACUAUCCGCCACAGCUGCUAAACCAGAUGAACCCGAUGUGGAACAGGUUGUCUCAUUGCCACGCCCUGACUUCUCACAAAUGAUACCCUACAAGCCGAAAGUGAAUUCGCAUCCCGGCGAGCACCCGCUUGCAGGUGGCACCUUCCCACAGCCGCCCGCAUUGGCUUCGCUAUGUGCACAGCUGCCGCCGCCGGUCUCCUUCCGCGGCCCGUUUGUCUCCAUUGAAAUGCUUUUCGACAUUUUCAACCGCAUCAAGCUGCCAGAUGCUGUUCCCCUGCCCGUCGGUGAUCAUGGUUGCGAUACUAAACUCUUUGAUCUGGCCAAGUCGGUGCAUUGGAUUGUCGAUGACAGCGUGUGUACCGGCGAUGCGGGUAGCCUGAAGCGACGGCGCAUGCUGCCCGGCGGUGACGACAGCGAUGAGGAGACGCAGACACCGGCGCCACCCGCCAAUGACAUAUAUCGUUUGCGACAGCAAAAACGAUUCUCCAAAUAAACUAUGCAUUAACACAUUUUAAUAUAAAUUUAAAUAUACUUAUAGCUCUUGGAACUUAGUAAAAGCGCUGAAUUUUACAACGUAAA